AUGAGCACCUCCUCGGUGCUUCGCAACACAGCCAACCCCAACACCGCACCCGCACCGGCCAAGCGCACCGACAACCAGGGUCGGGACCUUGCUGCCGAGCAGCUCAAGCGUCACGAACAAGCUGUUACCGCUGACCUCGUCAGCAGCGCACCUGAGGAGCUGCACCAGCGAACCGUCAGAAUCUUCCGCCCUGCCAAGACCGCCAACUCUUCCGGCGAUUACAUGCAGGGCACAUCCCUCAAGUUCCGUUCCAAGGAGGACGCUAUCCACUUCUGCGAGAAGCAAGGCUGGGAUUACCACGUCACAGAACCCAAGACGGCUCCCGAUGAGCAUGCCUGCGGUUCGAGCGACGACGCUGCAUUCGCUAGCUGCGAGCAAUUUCGCUGA